GCGGCCUAGCUAGCCAUACGGCUACACGGGUACACGAGCAGUACUAUAUAUUGUUCAAAAGUCGGCCACAAGCUCCUAGCCACGGCCCAAUCACUGGCUGCCACUCUCAAGAACCUGCCUCCCUCUGGAUUGCUCUCUUUUCUAGUGCUCAGGGAAAGCUUGCUGGAGAGAGGAACGGAAAAGAAUCCUCACAGAAGCUGAGCAAGAACCGAGGCAGUUCGCUUUUGUCCUCGUGCCAAGAAGUAGGCUGCCUCGAGAGAUCAACAAGAGUGAUUUGAGCUGAGCUGAGACAAGAAGAACGACAAGUGAACCGAAGAUGGUGCGGGAGGCGUAUAUGGACGUGCUACCGCCGAUGGACCACUAUGCCUCGCGGGGCAACUGGUUCCUGGCGGCGCCGCGCAGCUGGUCGCCGGAGGAGAACAAGCAGUUCGAGCGGGCGCUCGCCGGGCUCGACCUGCGCUGCCCGGACUGGGAGAAGGUGGCGCGGGCCAUCCCCGGCAGGACGGUUGGCGAGGUUGUCAGCCACUUCAGGAACCUCGAGGUCGACGUCCAGCAGAUCGAGUCCGGCAUGGUGCCCUAUCAGGUCUAUGGCGGCGGCGGCGCCAACUCGUUCACCCUGCAGUGCGACGGCAGUGGCAGCCACGGCGCCGAGGGCUUCAGACACGGGUACCGGUUCGGCGCACCUUGCGGGAAACGGCACCCUGGCCGCACACCGGAGCAGGAGAGGAAGAAGGGCGUGCCAUGGACCGAGGAGGAGCACAAGUUGUUCCUCUUAGGCCUGAAGAAGCAUGGCAAGGGGGAUUGGAGGAACAUAUCGCGCAACUUCGUGCAGACGAGGACGCCUACGCAGGUGGCCAGCCACGCGCAGAAGUACUACAUCAGGCUCAAUUCUGGUGGCAAGGACAAGAGGAGAUCGAGCAUUCACGACAUCACCACAGUUAACCUCACGGAUGACCGGCCACUUUCGCCAUCGCAGUCCUGUUUGGUCAGCAACCAGUCCAACGCAAAGCAACACGGCGCUGCGAAUUUGCCCUUCAAUUCGCCAAGCCGGCCUCCUGGGAUGACUUACGGGAUGGGUUUGCAAGAUCAAGGUCUGCAGUGUGGUCCUCUACAUGAUCAGUUGGUUGGCAACCAGAGCAUGCUGUUUUAGAUGCAAUCCACUUUGCACCAUGGAUAAGAUGUCUAGUGUAUAAUACGGUCUUACUGUAGCUUCAGUACCUGUAUGGAAGUAAUUAGUCAUGGGAAUGUUUUGGAGCAUAACAGAAAAGGAUCUUUGUGGCGUGGUGGUCCAUAAUUGUUGUUGAUACCGAGAAUGUAACGAAAAGAACGUCAAGAAUUUGAUGCCUUGGUAUUUUCAGACGGUUA